AUGCUCUGGAGGAAAGCUGUGAUUGUCGGCCAUGUGGCUCAACCCAGAUCGUAUGAAGUCAGGACCGAGGACGGCGUCAUCUAUCGUCGGAAUCGGCGCCAUCUGAAUAAGACUAAAGAGCCAUUUCAUCACGCUGAUGUGGACCUGGAUGACCUGGUGACGUCGCCUGAACGGGAGCGAGACAAUCGACCUAUGAGCCGACCACCGGUCCCCAGGGAGCAUCAAACCCUGACAACAAGAUCUGUAAAGAUGCAACUUAAUGCCAUCUCAUUUUAUUGCCAGGCUUCGACCAAAGUGGAAGAUGUUUUUGAAUAUGUCCUACAGCUGUUCCAAAUGACUCCAGUUCAGUCAAUGCUUCUGGCAAUCUCGGUCCUCUUCUCCCUCUGCUGGUUAAUUCGAGACAACCUGCACCUGGGAAAUAUCCAGGAGAAAUACGUCUUUGUGACCGGAUGUGACAGUGGGUUUGGAAACCUGUUGGCGAAGCAACUGGACAAGCAAGGGUUCAACGUGAUCGCUGCCUGCCUGUCAGCGGGCGGCAUGGAAGGGCUUCAGAUAGACUGCUCGGCUAGGAUGAGAACAGUGCAGCUGAACGUGACCAACCCGGACCACAUUAGGGAAGCCGUGGAAUUCGUACAGUCAGAGGUUGGAGACCAAGGUCUCUGGGGUUUGGUCAACAACGCUGGAAGAGCCAAUCCCAUAGCCCCCACCGAAUGGCUGAGGGUGGAGGACUUCACCAAAGUGUUGGAGGUGAAUCUGAUUGGACUUAUUAACGUCACACUUCACCUACUGCCGCUGGUGAAGAAGGCCAGGGGAAGGAUCGUGAAUGUUUCCAGUGUGAUGGGGCGGAUCUCGUUUGCUGGAGGCGGCUACUGCAUGUCCAAGUGCGGAGUGGAGUCUUUCUCAGAUGUUCUCAGGAAGGACAUGCAGCACUUUGGAAUCAAAGUCAGCAUUAUCGAACCCGGCUUCUUUAAAACGGAGACUACUAACUUACAAAUCAUUGAGAAAAGCUUACAGCAACUGUGGGAGCGACUCAGCCCUGAAACCAAGGAACACUACGGGGCAAAGUACUUUGAUAAUUACAUGCGAGUGCAGCGGAUUUCCAUGCUCUCUCUGUGUUCCUCUGACCUGAACAAGGUGACAGGCUGCAUGCAGCAUGCCCUGACGGCUCAGUAUCCCCGCUCGCGGUACAGUGCCGGCUGGGACGCCAAGCUCUUCUGGAUCCCGUUCUCCUACGCACCGUCCUUCAUCGCCGACUACUUGUUGUAUUUGCUGCUUCCCUCACCUGCCGCCAGCUCGAUGAAAAGAAAAAGCAGGAACCAAGUGGACGUAUAA